CAUUGUCUUGAGCUUCGUUUUCAGUUGCAGUUCAACGGUCUCUCUUUUCUAGUCUCCCUUUGAGAUUCCUCUGCAGGAUGACUGCUAUUUUUAGGCCAGCAACUGAAUGUCCUGGAAGGUUAAAAUAUUCCCCUACUGUUUUUUUUUUUAGUGUUGUGGUUUCUAUCGUCAUACUUGGUGUCCGUUAAUUCUUUGUCGAAGGAACUGGCCAGUUCGUCCAAUGUGGAAGGUGGAGGGGCAUUCCUGACACGUGGUGGCAUAAAUCACCUCAGAGGAUGAGGCAGGUUUAUGAACCUCAGAGGCAGAGCGCAGCCACCAUUGCUUCAUUGCAAGGGAAACAGGCGAGGAGAUGGCGAUCGACAGCAGUGCGUUGCCACUAGAUCACGCCCUGAAUGUCCUUGGAGUAUUAACUUUUCUUUGGCUGUUUGUCAAAAUCGCACUGGUUGUGGGAUGGGUGAUGCGAGUGUACGUGCUGUCGGAGAAGUGGAGAGGGGUCGAUCUGGCUUCCUAUGGGCCUUGGGCAGUGGUGACUGGAUCCACAUCUGGUAUUGGAAAAGCCUAUGCCCAUGAGCUUGCUAGGAGGGGCUUUGACGUGGUGCUCAUCAGCCGCUCCAUGGAGAAGCUGAAGCAGGUGGCUGCUGAAAUCGAGCAGCAGCACGGCCGAAGCACUAAAGUGAUCCAGACAGAUUUCACUGGAGGCUCGGAAAUAUAUGAGCCAAUUCGAGCUGCUUUGCAAGGCCUGGAGAUUGGCGUGCUGGUGAACAAUGUUGGUAUGGUCGCCAAUCAGCUUGUACCUUUUCUGAGCGUCACCAACGUUGACAAGUAUACAAACGACGCUGUGAAUUGCAACAUGCUUUCAACGGUGAAGAUGACGCAAAUUAUCCUUCCUCAGAUGGUGGCCAGGAAGAAGGGAAUUAUUAUAAACUUUGCAUCUUUUGGUGGUGCGCGUCCCUGGCCAUUCAACUUGAUGUAUGGUGCAACCAAGACAUUUGUUGAUUUCUUCUCGCAAGGAUUGGACAUAGAGUAUGGAUCCAAAGGCAUCAUUGUUCAGAGCGUUCUGCCAUUGUACGUUGCGACCGGCAUGACUGCCGUCAUCGACAAGCGCUUUACGGUUUCCUCAGAAUCUUUCGUACGGCAGGCCUUGAACACUGUGGGGCUCUCCGACAGAGUCACUGGUUGUCUCAGCCAUGCUGUCCAGAAACUCGCCAUUGAGCUGGUGUUUCCUGUCUGGUUGCACUUAUUCGUUGCUGGAACCACAUUGUUCGAAAAAUAUGUGGGAAAAGUAUUUUGAAUCACAGUACUGCAUUUGGGACUGGGAUGGAAACAGUCCAAGAGUUCUUAAUCUCCUCCAGGUCGCUGUUCAGAGCACUGUUUAAAACAUUAUCUUCUGAGGGUGAAGGUUUUUCCUCCCUUCUGUUUCCCCCCCCCUCACUUGCUAACCAAGAAAAGAAAAUUACUUUGAGUGUUACCCUUUUCUCUUCAUAUCUCCUUACCUGGGCUGUUUCCACACUGCUUACUUUCCCUCGGAAUGACCCGAAACAUCACUCAAAAAACGUAGAAGAUCGCGUUUUCUCGCGUGAGAUUUGCGCGACAUCGCGCAAAUCUCGCACGAGAAAACACGAUCUUCCGCGGUUUUGCAUGAUGUUCUGGGUCGUUCCGAGGGAAGGUAAGCAGUGUGGAAAUGGCCCAGAUGUGUUCUAUUCGUUCGCAAGCUGGUGGGCAGAGCAAUGUCUUUUUAAUUUUUAUAGUUGUAGCAUGGGUAUAAAAUUGGUUACGACAGUGAGGAACUUCAAGGCAGCAUAGUGUGAUUUCUCGAUAUUCAUUAGCACCUCUGGAUUGGUUUUGCUUUUCCUUGGAUGUACUCUCUCUCUCUUUCCGUUUCCCUCAGUGGUAGUGAGUUCUGGGGCAGCAUUGCAGGGUUUCAUGACCAUUGGAUGAGGGAGAGCUGCACUGGAGACUUCAAAGGACCUUUGGGCCAAGCUAGAAGUGACGAAUUACACUUGUUCACCUGUUCACUUGCACUCCGCUUGCACUCCUCUCGAGUCGAGUGCAAGUGGAGUGCAAGUGAACAGGGAGGAAUACAUGUGAGUUUGUUCACUUGCCAUUCAAGUGUAAUUCGUCACUUCUAGCUUGGCCCUUUAUAAUUGUUUUAUUUGCAAACCUACGAACAGAGCCUAUGGAAGCAAACAGACCCUCCUUCAGCAAGAAGCACAACCUCAGGUUCGCAGCAAGUAACUUGCACACCAGCCCUGCCUACAUCUCAUUUUCAGCUUCUGACAACUGCAUUGGGGACAUCCUCCUCCCUCUUUGCCCCUUUCUCUCUGCAAACUGGCUCCAAAGCAUUUCUUCUGCCCCUUCAUGCUUACCGAAGGCGUUAUUUUCCAAAGAUGGAAAUCUCCACAUUAAUAGUCUUUUGUUAAAUCCCAGAGUCCAGGAAUGGCAGUGUGCCUAUUUUCUAGAUUUAAUACACACAAUUAGACACCUAGAUUGUUGAGGGCACACAUUCACAUGCAGAGCUGGGGUUUAUCCUGUGGGGUGGCCUGGGAACAUUUUGUAUGUGGAGAAGUGGCAUAAUACUGUUGUUUAACAUAAAGAUC